GGCCGAUUCGCAGCCGGGGGUCGCCCCGGGGCAUGGGACAGCCGGCGGGGACCGCGGGCCGGCGCUGCGCCCCGGGCGGGCGGAGGGCGGCCUGAGCUGCCGGGACGCAGGAUGCGCUCCGAGGGCGCGGCCCCCGGGCCGGUGGCGCCGCUGUGCGGGGCGCUGAGCCUGGUGCUGGGCGCGCUGCUGGGCAAAGUGAUAGAGGGCCGAGGGGUCACAGACAACGUGCCACGGUUCUCCUCGCUGCCGCCCUUCCUGCCUGUGAGCUACCAUAUCCUUGGGGCGGAGACCUCCUUCUUCCUGAAGGAGACCAACCAGGACGUCGUGCGCAACUCCAGCCUGCACACCAGGGUGGAGUCCUUCUUCACAUACAAGGCCAAGAGGCCCCCAGUACUCAACGCUAGCUACGGGCCCUUCUCUGUGCAGAAGGUCGUGCCUCUGGAACUGAUGGUCACUUCGAACUUUCUAGGUCCAACCAGUAAAUUCGGUCUCAACUGGAAACUGAAGGCGCACAUCCUGCGGGACAAGGUGUACCUGAGCCGGCCCAAGGUGCAGGUGCUGUUCCACGUGCUGGGCCGGGACUGGGCGGCGCAGAGCCCCGGCGAGAGGCUGCCCUGCCUGCGCGUGUUCGCCUUCCGUGAGACCCGGGAGGUGCGGGCCGGCUGCCGGCUGCAGGGGGCCCUGGGGCUGUGCGUGGCCGAGCUGGACCUGCUGGCCGCCUGGUUCGGGCCCCCGAGCGUGGUGGCCGGGAGGAAGAAGGCGCCCGGGCCGCCCGAGGGGAGCCCCGUGGAGCUCUACUACUCCGUGCAGCCGGGGGAUGUGCGCGGGGACUGUGCGGCCGGCGACGUCCGGAAGGGCAACGCCAUCCGGCCGGGGAAGGACGGGCUGGACGAAGCUGUGCCCCACCUGCAGAGGAUCGGGAGCGUCUUCCUCUACCAGACGGGCAGCAGACCCGCACUGAGUGAGCUGCGUUUGGACAGCAACGUGGCCAUCUGGCUGCCCUCCCGGCCAGUCAAACAAGGAGACGUGGUCACGGCCUAUGUCACCAUGGCCAGCAAUUCCACCGUGGACCUCUUCAUCCUGAGAGCCAAGGUGAAGAAGGGGGUGAACAUCCUGGGCACCCAGACCAGAGAGCCCCGGCAGUGGGACGUGAAGCAGGAGAUGGGAAACGGAGGGAAGCACGCCACCACCACUGUGCUGUGUCAGCGCCUGGGGUCCAGCUCGCGCAACAGAAGCAGCAGCUUGUUCAGCGAGGUCGUGCAGAUGAACUUCGAAAUAGCCAGCUUCAGCAGCCUCUCGGGGACACAGCCCAUCGCCUGGCAGGUGGAAUAUCCACGGAGAGCGACCACAGACAGCGCCGUGUCCGAGAUCUUCAUCAGCCAGAAGGACCUGGCUGGUAUCGUUCCCCUGGCCACGGACACUGAAAUUCUGAACACUGCCAUUCUCACGGGAAAGACGGUAGCCCUGCCCAUCAGGGUGGUCUCUGUGGAGGAGAACAGCGCCGUGAUGGAUAUCUCGGAGUCGGUGGAGUGCAAGUCCACAGACGAGGAUGUCAUCAAGGUGUCUGACCGCUGUGACUAUGUCUUUGUCAAUGGCAAAGAGAUGAAGGGCAAGGUGAAUGCGGUGGUGAACUUCACCUACCAGCACCUGAGUGCCUCCCUGCCCAUCACUGUGUGGGUGCCCCGGCUGCCCCUGCAGAUUGAGGUCUCUGACACAGAGCUGAGCCAGAUCAAAGGCUGGAGGGUCCCCAUUGUGGCCAGUAAGAGGCCCACACGAGAGAGCGGGGAUGAAGACGAGGAGGAGCGGCGGGGCCGCGGCUGCGCCCUGCAGUACCAGCACGCCACCGUGCGCGUCCUCACCCAGUUCGUGGCCGAGGGCGCCGGCCCGUGGGGCCAGCUGAGCCACCUGCUCGGUCCUGACUGGCAGGUCGACAUCACCCACCUGGUUGCAGACUUCAUGAAGCUGGAGGAACCUCACGUGGCCACCCUCCAGGACAGCAGGGUCCUGGUCGGGCGGGAGGUCGGGAUGACCACCAUCCAGGUGUUGUCCCCACUGUCCGACUCCAUCCUGGCAGAGAAGACGGUAACCGUGUUAGACGACAAAGUGUCAGUGACGGACUUGGCCAUCCAGCUCGUGGCCGGGCUUUCUGUCACCCUCCACCCCAGCACGGAGAACAGCAAGGCCAUCACCGCUGUGGCCACAGCUGAGGAGCUGCUGCGGACCCCCAAACAGGAAGCCGUGCUCAGCAUUUGGCUGCAUCUCAGCGACGGCUCGGUGAUGCCACUGGACAUCUACGACACCAAGGACUUCACCCUGACCGCCACCUCCCUGGACGAGGCCGUUGUGUCCAUCCCCCAGGCCCGCUCUCCCAGGUGGCCGGCGGUGAUGGCCGAAGGGGAGGGCCAGGGGCCCCUGCUCCGGGUGGACAUGACCAUCGCGGAGGCCUGCCAAAAGUCCAAACGCAAGAGCGUCCUGGCCGUGGGCGUGGGCAGCGUCAGGGUCAAGUUUGGCCAGAACGACGCUGACUCCAGCCCCGGCGGCGGAGGCGGCAGCGACAGCGACGAGGGCGAGAUCAAGAACCACGCCAGCGACCGCCGGCAGAAGGGCCAGGAGCCCGAGGGGCCUGUGCACGGCAGCUCCUCCGUGGAGCUCGAGGAAGGGGCCCUCCGGAGAGGCAGCACCACGGCCAGGCCGCUGCUGGACAACAGGGUGGUGAAGAGCAGCCGGCCGGACGCGGGCAGGCCGUCCGGGGAGGGCCAGCUGCAGAACAUCCCCCUGGACUUCACCAACUUCCCGGCCCAGGUGGACCUGCCCCGGGCAGGGGGCGGCCUGGGGGCCAGCGACCUGGUGCAGACGCCCCGCGGCCUGAGCGACCUGGAAAUCGGCAUGUACGCCCUGCUGGGCGUCUUCUGCUUGGCCAUUCUCGUCUUCCUCAUCAACUGCGCCACCUUCGCCCUCAAGUACCGGCACAAGCAGGUGUCGCUGGCAGGCCAGGCCUCCGUGACCCACUCGCACGACUGGGUGUGGCUGGGCAACGAAGCCGAGCUCCCAGAGCCCGCAGCCGAGGGGUCGCCGCCGCAGGGCGAGCACACGACCGUCCUGGACCACGCGCCGGGCGGCAGCGAGGAGAGCAGUCGUCUGCUGGUCAAUGGUGGCGCCCGGCAGCACGUGCAAGGCCAGGUGCACCGGCCGGACUCGGUGGCCAGGCCGGCCAGGGACCCGAAGCUCGAGCCCCUGCACUCACCCACCUCCAAAAGGAAGAAGGUGAAGUUCACCACCUUCACCACCAUCCCGCCGGACGACGGCUGCCCCACCGUGAACUCCAUCCUGGGCGGCGGUGAGGACAUCAAGUGGGUGUGCCAGGACGUGGCCGCGGGCGCCCCCGAGGAACUCAGAAACUACCUGGAGAAAUUCAAGGGCCAGGCGUAGGCUCCUGUGGUGCGGGGCGCCGCGCUCGGUUCCAGAGUGGGUCUGGCCCUGGCGUUGGGGGGGCGCCUGGCACUGGGGGCCGCAGACCACCGAGGUCCUGCAGCCAGAGGGGCCGCGCACGUGUGUGCGUGUGUGUGCGUGUGUGCGUGUGUGUGCGUGUGUGCGUGUGUGUGUGUGUGUGUCUUGCCGGGAGGGGUUUUAGCAGCUGGUGGCGGCAGAGUUCUGAAAGCGGAGCAAACUCUGGGCGGGUGGCUGACGGCGACGCCGGCCUGCACACGAGGCCACCUUAGGAAGGUGAUUUUAUGAGUCAAAAUAGAACGCAGACAAGCUACCAAAAAAUUAUUUGUUAAAAAAUGCAAAAAGACAAAAAGACAGAAGUGAUCAUCUCUUUAUAUUUCUAAUAAAGAGCAAAACGUACAGCGAGGCCCUGCUGAGGGACGGUUUCUGGGUGGGUUCGGUGUCCCCUCGGGAGGGCGGCCUCGAUCUCUCAGCCCUGGAGGUGCGCAGGGAGGACGGGGGUCAGAGCCCCCACGCCUCUUGGGGUGAACCUGAGGGUUUUCAAUCAUUACUUGAGAAUCUUCUGUGCUCCCACAUUGUCUCCCCCACCCCCAUCCCCACGUUUUCUUCCUGUGUCCUAUAAGUCCACUUGAUUUGUAUUUAAUGUUUAUUUCCGAGGAUCAAAUGGUAUAUUUUUCCUAAAUUAAACGUACAUUAUAUUCCUAUACGUUAGAUGAAUUCUUAGCAAGAGUCUCAAUUAAUCCAUCCUUGAAGUAGUAAGUUUGAUGCUUUUCUGUAUCCCUCCAGACUUGAUGUUUGCUGGGGUCUUACAACCAGAGGGGGAGGGGGCGCUGCCUUGACCGGCCACCCCAGCCCAGAGGCCACAACCAGUGGCCGCCCAGAGCCCAGCCGGCCCAGCACCCAGCGCCUCCAUCGCUGGGGAUGCGGGGACACCCCCACGUCGGGGGAGGGCCGGUCACCUCCACGGGGGAGAGGCCGUACCCAGGAAUAAUCUGCACAGCCUCCCGCGGUAGAUCUGUCACGAGACCUACUAACAGCUGAGCAAUGAAUCAAGAUAAAAACUGCUGGAGGGUUUUUGGGUCGUUUCUCUGACUCUGUUGGGCGGAGCACACCAGCAUGAACUGAAAAGAUUAAAAUCUAUGUUAGAUUGUCAAUCAACUGUGGUUUUUAACAGCCUAAUUGUGUAGCAGCACAUGGCAAAACGCGUUCAUCCAAAGUCAACUGUACGUGGCAGAGGCGAGCACGGCGUUGUGAAUCAGCCCCUGGGGGACUGCCAGGCUCCGGGGCCGUGGGCGGCCACGCUCACGGAUACCAGGACGCUCGUGGUUUUUAUUUUUUUAAUUACUAAAAUCAGUAGCUAAGAAAGGGUCUUGAAGCCUCGUAACCUUAGCUGGACCUUUUAAAAAGAUAUUUCUAGCACAUAUCAUAGAUGAAAAGGGAGAGAUAUUUAUUUAUACCUGUGAUGCCAAUUGUCAUUAAAAUG